GUAGUAACCCAGUAUAGCAGUGUCAUCGGGAGAGGUAGGACGCACGCCGGACGCUCUCGGCAACUGUGUACCAAGCGCCUCGGUCCUGGUGUAUGUGUCAACAAACUGCUAGUUUCCCCCCCAAAAAAAAAAAAAUAAGUCGCUUUGUGUCGCGUGUGACUCCAACCGUGAAUCUUCAGCCUGACCUGCCGGAUCGGCGCCGUGUGUCAGGCUCUCCAAGCGCAGCAAUGCACCUCGCUCUGUUAUGGUUGUGCGCAGCGUGUGUGUGCGCUGUGACUGCAACCACCACGCUUCCCCCUCAGCUUCCUGCGCCGAACCCCGCCAACUUAACCCUCCGCAAGUGCUUCUGCGGUGCCGGGCAGGCGUGGGACGGCGCACAGUGCGUAGACGCGGGAGAGACCCUCGUGGCCGUGAUGGACCAGAACGAGAGGGUAUCCUUUUUCGACAGCCGUGACUUCGGCCAGGUGAUCACGGGGCAGAUCACGUGCCCAGACCUGCGGGAGCCGGCGGUGUUGCCGGACGAGGACAUCGUCUUCAUCACCACGACCGACAGGGCAUACUGGUGGAACCAAAGGCAGCUGUUUAAAGAGUUCUGCAUUGAGCACACACCCAAACUGGAGGUCAGAGUAUGCCUUCAUCCGCCGAUUAUCCCUCGCUGCUGCCUGCCGGGACACGUGCUCGAAAAGAAUGGCUCCUGCACGCCGCGCGAUGCGAUCGAGUUCAACCCCCCCGUGAGCCUGCAGUUCACGGGCCAGCCGAUAAAUUUCCCCGAUACAAACGCCGCUGAUACUGUCGAGGAGGUGACCUGCCAGGGCCUCGCUGUGCCUCACCGCGCAGACCUCUCUGGCAGCAGCGACAUCCUGCUGUACAACGUCAAUAAGGCACAUCUGGUGUGGCUUCCGCCCUCGGAGUACGCCCAGAGGCCGGAGGUGACCAUGUCAUACUGCGUCGGCGUAGAGGCCGGGAGCUCCAUUAGCGAAGCGAAGUACGUGGCUGUUGUGUGCUACACGGACCAGGCCAAGGUCCACCGCCAUAUCUGUGCCAACGGAACCUGCGUCAGGAAAUGUUGUGCUGCCGACAAGGUCUUCAAUACUUCAGGAGUCUGUCGCGAAGCAGAGUCUCCCAAGGAUAUAUGGCAGCCUAGUUUACACUUCAAUAAAAGCAGGACUCCCAAGGAAGACAUCAGCGACGACCUGAUCGUGGUGAGCGGCCUGCCGUUAUGCAAGCACUUCUUCGACCUCAAUCUGGAGGACGAAAACGACAAACACUUCCUGCUGGGGAACGGCAGCCUCCACGUGCCCGCGUAUGGGACAUACAACGCGGACAAGUACUGCCUCGACCUGCAACGGACCAGCACUGGGCAGGAGCUGAUCACCAUACUGUGUACGCCGCCGACUCAGGAAACCGAGUGCAAGUGGAAGAACGUCCUCGUCUUGGUGCUCCUGUGCAUCUCCUGCGUGUUCCUCUUCGCCACCUUGAUCGUGUACGUCAGCGUCGUGGAGCUGAGGGACAGAACCAACGGCCGCUGCCUCAUCUCCAUGGUGGCCGCCAUGCUUGCCACUUACGUCAGCCUCGCGGUCAAUCGGAAGUUACGCGACGUAUCUGACGGCGCGUGCAUCACCAGGGGAUUCAUUGGCCAUGUCUGCUCCCUGGCCACUUUCUUCUGGCUAAAUGUCAUGUGUUUUGACAUGUGGUUAACGUUGAGGUCAUCGCAGCAGAAGUACCAGAGUGUGAAGGUCUUCGUGUUCUACAGCAUCUACGCCUGGGGGAGUCCUCUCCUCAUCGGCUGCGUGGGUCUGAUUCUAGACCUCGUGGAGGCUCCUAACGUCAUCAGGCCACAUUUUCUUCACAAAACCUGCUGGUUUCAUGGUGAAGCCGAGUUCUGGACCUACCUUUCUGGCAUUAUAUUGGUGCUUUUGGUCGUCAACUUGUUCUUCUUCAUCCACGUGGCGAUAACUCUGGCCAGGAAAUUGAGACAACGAAAGAGUCUCUUUGACAACAAAGAAAGUCGUGCCAGCAAUGCUAACAAGAAAAAUAAAGAAUACGUAUGGCUGUUCGUGCGCCUCUUCAUCGUGAUGGGCGUGGUGUGGGUGGCCGAGGUACUAUCAUUAUUGCACAGAGGAUCUUGCAGUUACUGGGUUCUUACGGAUAUAUUGAACAGUCUUCAGGGUGUGUUCAUCUUCGGUGUGGCCGUUUGCAACAAGGACAAUAUUAAAAAGAUCAAGCAUUCCUGGAAAACUCGCUACACAACAGUACGGAGCAAAGUGGGCACCAUCAGGAGCGCUCGACUGUCCGAGAAGACAACCCAGGCUAAGCGCUUUACGGACCUCAGUGUAGCAGCUUCUGAAGCCUCCAGGAAAACCUCGGUGACUUCUCUCCCACGCAAGCUUUCCACGGCUUCUAAUGCUGUCCUUCCAGCUUCAAAUGCCAAUAGUAAGGGUAAUAGAUUGACUGAUCAAAGCUUGUCUUCAGAGGCAGCCUCCGCACCUCGGAAAAUAUCGACUGUUUCGAACCUUGAAAUGAUACCGAUGAGCUCCAUGGAAGAAUAGAUUGUCCUGUCUACUUCAGUCUUCCUUUUGUACAUAUUUCUUUCUUAUUAUUAUUUUUAAGUAUGGGAGCAUUGUGAAGAGUCAGACCAAUUUUAUUUCUCAGAUAAAAAGUCUCAGUGCAGUAGUAAAUGAGGGUAAUGUCAGUAUUUAUUUAAUGAAAAGUGUUAGCUUUUUAGCAUAACAGAUAUUCUCGUUAAAGGGUGAUGGCAUAUGAAGUAACGUAUUGUAAUACUAGUCACAUGAUAUUACUGUGCGUCUGAGUGGAUCUACGGAGAGAGAUGAAGUGAUUUACAUUGCCUCGAGAGAUAAUGGGCUUGGAAACUGUUUGAAAUAUAUGUUGCACUGAAAGAAACACCAGAACUUCAAAUCAGGUUACCAGGUGUUUGAGUGAUAAAUACUAUAGGAUAAAAAGUAUCAUAUUUUUACACAUUAUACCCGGUAAGUGAACACUAUUUCCGUUGUGUUUUCCUAUCCAUUGUAUUUUUAUUAUCAUGCAGAGAUAUUGUUAUGUUUAAUUUACUCUGACUCAUAUCUAGUAACUUUGUUGUUGUGGCAGUGUAUUCAGUAUUUUAAGAAUCCUGCCGUGCAAAAAAUAAUUUAUGUGUAACUGUGGGAUUAUACUCUGAAUUGACAAUGUAUUUUGAGCAUUUUAUCAGGAAUUCGAUCUUGAUAUUUAUAUAUUUUGAACAUCUCUCAAAGGAUAUUUUCAAUUUUGCAUUGUACUUUGAUCAUUCAUCCUUUUUGUGUAUAUAUAUAUAUUUUAAAUUUAGUUGUAUUUUAUAAAAGUUGCUGAAUGAUAAAUUAUGAGAGAAGAUAAAUGUAUCCAAAAAAUACAUAAACAUGACAGUCGAAUAAGGAAAUAUGAAAGAGUUUAUGUGUGCAUGAAGAGACAGUGGUAUAUCUGAUGCCUAUUUUGUAUCGAAGGACAAAAGAAUUUCAGAAGAUAUUACAAAUAGUCUGUUAAUUUAAUCAUAGGGUAAAGAAUAAUCUUUCUACAGCAAAAAGUUACUUUGCUAUGCCAUAAUAUUUUACAUUUUUUCUUCUGUUAUCUUGCUUAAAUGGGAAUGAUAUCUUUGAGACUUUGGUGCAAAAGGCAAAAUGUUAAACUCUCAAAUCUCACCGGUCUCAAAUUUAAGCAACCAUCAAUUCAAUUUAUUUUUUACCUUUUUUUUCUCCAUGGAUUUUUGUAUUUUUGAAACAAGUACAACUUUCGUAUUUACUGGAAAUAUACAAUAGAAAAGAGCAGUGUAUUUAGUCAGAAUGUCACCUUCGUACACAGAUGUCGCGAUAAUUGCAUAACAAUGUCGACUGCAGUUUCCUCUAAACUCUUGUAACCAUGUGACUGAUGCCUGUGCCAUUGACCUGCAUGCCCCCCCCCCCCCCCCCGCAUUCGCAUUUAACGUGUGGAUCUUACUACAAACUACUGUUGUGUUUAUCAUUAAAACCAUGCAUUCCGUUGCCCGUAAACUAUUACCUGUCUGUCCUUUUUAAACUACAGUCGUUUGAGAAUGAUAAAUGUUUUGUAAGUGAAUCAUCACUGAGGCAGAGGUGGAAGUGUUUCUUAAUUUCUUUUUUCAUGUAUUGCUAAUAUUGUUCUUGUGUUUAUUGUUACUGUUGUUGAUUUAGAUGUUAUUUUUCGUGAGGGGGAGUUAAGCCAAAGAAAAUUCAAUUACAUGUGCCAGAUUGAGUUUUACAAAAAAUACAGUGUGUAUAAGAAGGACAUGAGGAAUUAUGUAAUUGAAAAUUCUUACCUUUUUGGUUAUGAAUUAUUUUAGUAUUCUAUGCAAAUAAAUGAGCAUUUUUGUAAAAGUUA